CAGCCGCUCCCGGCCUCAGCACCUGUCGAGUUCCCCUUCCUCCACCAGGAUGGCCCUGGUCACGGUGCAGCGUUCUCCCACUCCGAGCGCUUCCUCCAGCCCCAGCGUUUCGGAAGGAUGUGGAGACUGUGGAAAGGGUGCAGAAGAGGUUUACCAGGAUGCUGCCUGGAUUAGAGGAUAUGAGCUACAAGGAAAGGAAGUUGGAAGUGAUGAUGAUCAUAGAUUACAACAGAGUCUCAGUGACAGUUUCUUCACAGUUAAGGGUGCAGCCCUUUUUUUACAGCAGGGAAGCAGCUCGCAGGUGUCACGAUGUCACCAUCACCACAAAUAUGCAGGAGAUUUACAGCUACACCUUCAAGUGAUGAUCAACCAUCUUCGUCCUGAAGACAGGAUAAAACUGGCUGUACGUCUGGAAAGCAUGUCAGCUGAUCGAAUACGUUAUAUGGUGGUUGUGUACACGAAUGGACACCAGGAUACAGAGGAGAAUAUUCUUCUGGGAAUUGAUUUUGCAAGCAAAGAAAGCAAUACUUGUACAAUAGGAAUGAUCCUUCCUCUCUGGAGUGAUACAAAAAUUCACUUGGAUGGAGAUGGUGGGUUCAGUGUGAGUACAGCAGACCGGAUUCUUAUCUUCAAGCCAGUCUCUGUACAAGCCAUGUGGUCAGCACUACAGAUCCUCCACAAAUCCUGUGAGAUAGCUCGUAGAUACAAUUAUUAUCCAUCAGGAAUUGCUUUGACUUGGGCCAGUUACUAUGAGAGCUGCAUUAACUCGGAGCAGAGUUGUAUUAACGAAUGGAAUACAAUGCAAGACCUGCAGUCCAUGCGGGCUGACUCACCCCCAAUGUUUGUUGAUAAACCAACGGAGAGUGAGCUAACAGAACGAUUGAUAAGAAACAAGUUACGACACAUAAUGAUGAGCAAAGAUUUGGAAAAUGUCACUUCUAAAGAAAUUCGGAAUGAGUUAGAACAACAAAUGAAUUGCAAUCUGAAAGAAUACAAAGGAUUUAUUGACAAUGAAAUGCUCAUCAUUUUAGGACAAAUGGAUAAAGCUUCCCUAAUAUUUGAUCAUCUUUAUUUGGGUUCAGAGUGGAAUGCUUCAAAUUUGGAAGAGCUUCAGGCUACAGGUGUUGGGUACAUCUUAAAUGUAACCAGAGAAAUAGACAACUUCUUUCCUGGAUUGUUCUGUUACCACAACAUACGGGUAUUUGAUGAGGAUUCUACAGACUUACUGGCAUAUUGGAAUGACACAUAUAACUUCAUAACAAAAGCCAAGAAAAACCAGUCCAAGUGUCUGGUGCAUUGCAAAAUGGGUGUCAGUCGGUCUGCAUCAACUGUCAUUGCAUAUGCAAUGAAGGAAUACAGGUGGUCACUUGAAAAGGCCUACAAACACGUGAAAGAAAAACGGAGUGUCGCACAGCCAAAUGCAGGGUUCAUGAAACAGCUUGCAGAAUACGAAGGCAUUUUGGAUGCUAGUAAACACCGGCAUAAUAGCUUGUGGCGGCGUAAUUCUGAGAGCGACUUGCAGGAGACUGUGAGAGAUCCAUUGUUCAAGAGCACCAGAAUACCUACUCAACAUGACUUGAGCAGUGGUAAUAAAGGAAUUCAACACAGAUAUGGAAAGCAGAAAUAUAAUGGUACUGAGCCAUCUCAGAAUUCAAUAGCAGCCAACAAAAAUAAAAGUGAACCAAAUAAUUCGAAUUGCUACUUAAGAUGUCUGUCAGAUCCCAUUGUAGACAGUGCCUACGUUAAACAGCAGAGGGAGCUGGAUCAAGUCCGAGUUGAUGAUGUGGAAAGAGAUGCAAUUCGAAUGAACAACAUAGAUUUCAGGCGCACAGCUGGUUUCUGUGACACUGGGGAAUUUGUGUCAUCUCAGUUUCAGGAUACUUAUGACUGUGAAGACAGAGUACUAAGUCAGCAAGGAAAUACUUACUUAAUGUUUACAGCAGUAGCAGAGUCAGAAGAAGAAAAUGAAAAUACAAUGGGCUUCAGUGUGUACAUUGAAGAUGAUCGCAUAGCACUUAAUGAACCUAAUACAGAAAGUGAUAUAGAGACUGAUUCACAUCUAACAAACAUGCAAGAGCCAGGCAUGACAGUAACUGUUGAAAAUCAACUUGAUAAAGACAAUGUGAACAAUAACAACAACACCACAACAACUUUUAUAAAAGAGUAUGAAGAUGUUACUACUAAUGAAACUCCCAACUCUGUGAAACCCCUUAAUAAAUUUACUUUGGACUGCUCAGACUCCAUAAAUAAACUUGCGUGUGAGCAAUUCACAGACCAUUCUAAAAACCUUUAUCCAGCACAAAAAUGUGGUACAAGCACUAAGGAUAUGCAACAAAUCGAGACCCAUACUUCAGGAUUUUUAUCAAAUGUAGAUUCAGUUGUGUCAACGAUGGAUAUACUCAAUGGAAUUCCCAAUGAAGCAAAACUGUGUCAUGUUACAGAAUCGCCUGUAUGUAGUUCUAUUUCUGAUGCCAUUUAUGCAAUUGCAACAAUGCAAUUCCAUGGAACUGCAGAAGCAGAUGUAGUUUUAAGAGCAAUGUGUGAAGAGCAAAGAGAGCAGCAAGAAACAAUAGAGGCUUAUCACAGCUGCAAAAAUGAACUGGAUGAAUUCCAAGCUGAAAGUUUUGCUCUUGAUAUGAUGGCUUCACAAUCUGUCUUAAAGCAAUUGCCAGUAAUAAGUCCAUGUAGCCAUGACUAUCAGAAAACUUUUUUAAUAGAUUCAAACGUUCCAUUUAUUCAUACAGGUUCUAAGGCUGAAAAACAAGCAGAAUAUGAAUUACAUAUGUUAAAAAGUAAUGACUUACCUUUAGGAAAUGAACAGGAUGACAUUGCAGAGAUUACAGAGAACUCUAAAUUUGUGUUUACUAUGCCAUCCAGCAGACAAUCAAUAGAGGAUAAUCAUGGUAAUGAGACUAUGAAUAGCAAGCCAAUGAAAGACUUAAGAAAACUGAUGUGUAACCAGGCGAAGGAAACAUCAAAAGUCCAAAGCUACUUAAUGCAGCAUCAAGAAUCUAUCCUGCAGCUUCAGAAGGCCGGCUUGGUAAGGAAACAUACCAAAGAGUUGGAAAGAUUAGCUUUUCUAAGGUCUCCAAACAAACAAGUGCAGAGAAAUAACUCUCAAAAUAGGGAAGGUGUAUUCGCACAGAGUGAUUCCCUGGAUAUAAAUAUGCAUGAAUCAGUGGUAGAUGUGCAGGAUCAAGCACAGGAUUGUGAGAACGUGGAGGACAAUGUGCUGCCUGAGACCAAUCGUGAUGGCUUUAAUUUCAUGGCUGGCAUAUACCAGAAAACAUCCACACCUUACAUAAGUAAUAGAAGUUCUGGUUUUCUCACUAAGGAACGUUUGCAGCAAAUCUAUGCAACACUGUUAUCAUCCACUCAUUCUUCAAGUUUAACUCGUAGCUCCAGCAGUGAUAGUCUUCACAGUAUUCAAGGACAACCUGGUCUGGUUGAAUUGCGAACACAGGAAAUUGAAGCCAGGAUGCAUCAGACAGGACUUACUAUUUGUUCAGAGAUGAAGCGAUCUCAUUCUCUUGCCAAACUUGAAAGCCUGAACUUAGCUUCUGAGGUUCUGUCAACUAGGGAGAAAGAUGUUGAAACACUUAUCAGGUCAAGUCACGCCAAACAAACAGAGAGUUGCUUUUUGCCAAGCUUUGCUGAGAAAAUGAGGUGGGAAAGAAAUCUCUGCGAGGAAACAGACAUGCAAAGAGAACAGGUUUUCAUCAUGAAGCCACUAAAUAAAGCAAUCAAAACUUCUAGUUCUGUAUUGGAGCAUAAAGCCCUCGCGUUGGCUGACAUUCAAUGCACAUAUCAGUUUGAACAUUCUUCAGAGUUUUCUCUUUCCAAAUAUAGUGUUGCAGAUCCAGAGGUUACACAGCAGUGUAUGGAUUUUAUCUCCAUUCCUUCAUUUGGACUAGGCCAGUACCAUACCCAGAGUGACAAUGAACUCUAUUCCUUGGCUUCUCAUGAACAGUAUGUACGAACACAUUCCAUGAGGAAACUCAGAAAAACUUGUGAAAAAAGUAGAAGCAGCAAUUCAUUUUAUAAUACCAUGUGACUUUGUGGCAAAGAAAUACAUUCCACUCUCUCUUUAAACAUAUGAACCUCCAGCCAAAAAUAUUUUUUAAGUUAUGGCCUAUGUUGUACGAUCUUUUGAAACUGCUCAAAAUUAUUCAUAAACAGAUGUUGCCAAAUACUCUAUACUGCUGAAUAGUUUGCUGCUUUAGAUUGACUCUAGAAAAUCUGAAGUUGCAUUUUUCAUUUGAAAUGAAAUGCCAUGCUUUGCAACCUCAAACUGUUAGAACUUUAAAAAAAAAUGCAAAUUCUGUUAGGCUGUUUCAGUUUGAGAGUAUUGACAUGAACUUGGUUCCUUAGGCACAAUGCCUAGAAGGUAACAUUACUUGUUAAAUUCCAAAAUCCCAACAUUAAAAUUUAUAAUAGAAAAUCAUGUAGAUAAGGCAAUAACUUCAUGAUUACAAUUGCAUGAUUGUUCCCCAGAUCCUGCAGGAUAUACUCAUUUUUUAUUAUCCUUUUUUUGGUUGGGUGGGGAAUAAAUUUUCUUUGUGUUUUCUGCAAAUUCUAUUUAUUUGGAGCUCAAAAUAGAGCUUGUACUAUAAAGUUAGCAUUCAGUCAUUCUGCCCAAAUAAAGACAGAUUGAGAGUCUUCCUUUUGGAACAAACUCUGUAAAUAAUUUCUUUCCCAGACUUGCUUUAAUCUGAAGUACUAAAUGAAGUUCUGUGUGAACAGAAAAGCUUUUCCAUGAGUACAGUGUUGAAAAUAUUUUCAGAAGUGAUCUUGAUUGGCAGUAAAUGCACACCAGACAUUUUUUAUUUCUUUGAUUCCUUGCUAGUUCCCAUUAUGUUACUGUGAUCUCUCCAUUCUGUAGCUGAUCCUAAAGGUAAUGAUAACUGUUCUUAAAUAUUUAACAUUUCCCACUAAAUUUCUAAAAAAUUUUUCCUUGUAAUUCUUUGAUCUACUAUAUUGUAUGUGUAAGUACUUUGACUGUUUCCCACCUGUUUGCUCUUUCUCUGGCCAGACAAUCAUGUGCAUCUCUUUAUUUCAACUGAAUUGACAACAUUUCUGUUUCUAUCUACAAAUCAGCAUUUGGUAUGUAUUUGAGAAUUUGUUUCCGUGAAUAGGCCCCAGCUCUAUUUGUUUGAGGAGUUUUCAUGCAAAACUGAGGCCCCUUGGUCAUCAAUCAGCAUGCAAGCUUGUCCUGUUUUUAUAGUGAUUGAUUUAAGUCAAAUAUUGCUGUUAUUACAUGCAAUAAAACUUAAGGAAUUGAUUUUGUUUUGUUAGUCCUGGUUUCUGUGAAACUAGAAAAUUAAUGGUUUUGCUACUAAGAUAUUAAUCGAGCCCCUUGAAUUAGUUGAAAAAUGGAUAACUUAACAUGCUCUAUCAUUAUGCAUCUGGAGGUUUGCAAGUUCCUGGAGCAAUGCUGCCAAUAUCAUAAUUGCUGCACCACACAGAGCAGGUGAUCACAAAUUUGAGUCUGGAUUUCUUCAAAAUUAGUUGACUUUGGCAAUGAUAUCUGAAAUGGUGGUGCAAUCCAUGCCUAUUGACUAAGGGGAAGAACAUUAUCCAGGGUUCCUACUGCUGAGUGCUAACCAGUGGCUGGUUUCAACUGAGGACACAAUCUGGCUUGGUUAAGAUCUCUUUAGAAGAUUAGGAGAUUGAAUAUCUUAUUUAAAAGAUGAAAAAGGACCAUUUGAAAGUUGGUUAUGAGUGGGUGACUAGCAUUACUGAAGUUUAGUCAAGAAACAAAACUUAAGCUAGAAUAGAAAAUGCUGGAAAAAUUCAACAGGUCAGGCAACAUCUGUAGAGAGAACAGUUAACAUUUCAGAUUGAUGUCUGUUCUACAAUUCUAAUGAAAGGUUAUCGACCUGAAACGCUAACUUAUUUUCUUUCUACACAGGUGCACUGUGUAUUUCCAACACUUCCAGUAUCAAUGAAGUGUAACUGGGCAUGAUUCAAUGAUUUCAGAAGAGUGAUGGGAAGAAAAGGGAAAUUGCCAAAGAAACUUGUAUUGUUCUACUUACUAAAAUAUAGAAAUAAUUUCAAAAAAUCAUGUUAUGUUUCAUUACCACUAAGAUAAUUGUAAUUUUGCCUGUUGGCUUUUCUUAAAAUUCUUACCGAGUUAAACCGUGUUGUAUAUUUAUUUAGUUGCUCAUUUUUCAUUGUCUCGUAGUGGCAUGGGUGAGUUUUCAUUCCAUUAGCAAUGUUUCCCCAACAUUAAAAGGUAGGCAAAAUGUAAUUCACUACAAAAAUCCCAGAUGAGAUUGCAUCAAGUCCUUCUGUUUAAAGAAAACCCUUAACAUUCAUGGUAUUUCAGAAGCCUGCAUGAUUCAGAUCAUUGCUUUUAUUUUCAUUUCUUCACACUUAGUCUGCUAAUUGAAAUUAUCCAUGUCCACUUGAUACCAGUGACUUAAGUUUCAUUCAGAAUUCAGUCACACUUUACUGUUAGAUUUUUGAAUUUCUGAGAAUGACAGUAGAGUCCAUUAAAUCUUCCUGAAGUGUCGAUGCUCAAGUACAGAUGAGAAGAAUGUCACUGGAUCAUGCAUUGUGCUCCUGUUAAAUAUACUGAAACAGAGGAGAUCAAAAAUUGAAAAAAAUUAAGAGCGAAGCAAUCAGAUACUUGCUUCCAAAACUUGGGUAAAUGUAAUAGUUUAUGGGCAAGACCGAGAGCAGAGGGUUUUAAUGUGAAUCUAAUUGCUAAAAUGACUAGGAGACUUUGGGUGUUCAGUUGCUUCUUAAUUAUAGCUCGUUAGCUUAGUCCACGGAUCUUAUGAAGUAGAUAGAUCUGUGCCUUUCAGGAAGUGUGUUCCAGGAAGCAGGAUUCUCAGUCCUACUUAAUUUCUUUUGUAUAAAAGUUCUCAAAACCAAAGUAUUGGAGAUAAAUUAUUUUACAACUAAUUAUGAGAAUGGAAGCUCUUGCAGCUUAAAUGCAGAAUAUUUAGGCCUAAGAACCUGAAAAUGUUAGUAAUAAAAAUCAAUGUGCCUGAGGCAUCAGUUUCCAUUAAGAGCUAAGUUAAUAAAUACACUACUUGGUUUGGUAUGAAAAUAUCAGGCUUGAUUUCCAGUGCUGAAUUACUAUUCUUGCCAGGACAACAUAUGGCAAUGCUACAGUUGCUUCUGCAGCCAGGGAUGGUGAAAAAUUCAUCCAGGGCUCCAAUUCCUUGUUGCCAGCCAUAAAAGUACCUGGGUCUGCAUGCAGCAAAGAGAAUUUCCCAGCCUCUUACCCAGGGUUUACAAGAAUCCAUAAAGUUAUAAAUGAUUGUAUUAAACAAUGGCUUUUGAUAUUUUGAAUGCAAAGGCUGAAUAGAAAUGCUCCUUUGUAAUGUGUAAUGGC